AUGACCACGGUCUCAGAACACCCAGUCGCUCGCUCAACAAUCUCAGCAGCAUCCACAAUGAAGUCCCAAAAGGCUGCGCCAACAUGGAACUCGAAAGAUCUCGGACUCCGACUCGGUGUCGAUGUCGCCAGUGCAGCAACAGCCGGCGCUCUAACAUGUCCGUUGAUUACAAUUAUUGAUCGUGCAAUUAUCGAAAAGGCAUCAAAAGGCUUUCCAAUCGCCCAAACCAUCACCAGCUGUCUUCGAUCAAUGGUAACAAAACCAUCCGGUUUUUUCCUGGGCACGCCAUUCCUCCUCAUCUACACCUUAUACAGCACAACAUACCUAACAGCCAAUGCAAUCGACACCCUCUCUUCAACACUACGGAAUCAACCCUUCUCCACCGUAACAGCGGGCCCAUUAAAAUUCCUCUCCACUACAAUCGUGAACAUGGCCAUAUGCGUAUACAAAGAUGCACGAUUCGCAAAACUCUUCGGCGCAAACCCACCCCCAGCACCGAACAACGGCACAUCAACAGCUCAAUCACAAACACAAAGUGCCCGAUCUAUAAGCUGCCAUCCCACAGCCAGCGCGACAGGACCCAAAAUCCCCAAAGUCUCCUACGGCCUCUUCUGUCUCCGCGACAGCAUUACCAUCUUCGCCUCGUUCAACGUCCCCUCGCUCAUCGCACCCUCAAUACCAGACUUCAUCGCCGAAACACCCCGUAUGAAGAGUACUAUUGCGCAAUUCUCUUGUCCCGCUCUUAUGCAGUUUUUCAGCACACCUAUGCAUCUGCUCGGUCUGGACCUGUAUAACAGACAGCCAGCUGGCGGGUUACCAUGGAGUGAUCGGGUCGCGCGCAUUCGAAGAGAUUACAUUUCUAGUUCGUUUGCGCGGAUGGGAAAGAUUGUACCUGCGUAUGGUGUUGGUGGUGUUGUUAAUGUGAGGAUGAGAGCGGCGCUGAUGACGAAGUUGGAGAAGAAUGGGAUUAUGAACUGA